AUGGCGAUGAUGACAAUGCAGAUGGGAGGACUGAUGAUGGCCACGCUGGGCUGGCUGGGCUCCAUCCUCACCUGUGCCCUGCCCAUGUGGAAGGUGACAGCCUUCAUCGGCUCAAACAUCGUGGUAGCCCAGGUGUUCUGGGAAGGGCUGUGGAUGAACUGUGUCUACGAGAGCACGGGGCAGAUGCAGUGCAAGGCCUACGACUCCCUGCUGGAGCUCACCUCUGACCUGCAAGCUGCUCGUGCCCUGGUGGUCACCUCCAUCUUCGUGGCCUUCCUUGCCUUCUUCAUCGCCCUCUCGGGAGCUGACUGCACCCGCUGUGUGGAUGACAAUGGCACCAAGACCAGGAUCUCUGCUGUGGCAGGUGUCAUCUUCAUCAUGGCCAGCAUCAUGCUGCUCAUCCCUGUCUCCUGGUCUGCCAACAGCAUUGUCAGCAACUUCUACAACCCCAUGGUGCCUGAGGCCCUCAAGAGAGAGCUGGGGGCUGCCCUCUACAUUGGCUGGGCCUCCAGUGCCCUGCAGCUCUUUGGUGGGGGCGUCCUGUGCUGCUCAGGAUCCCAGUCCCAGCAGGACCCCUACCCCAAGAAGUACAGGGCAGUGAAAACCUGUGGCCCAAUGGGCUAUCCCAUGAAGGACUAUGUGUGAGCCACUGUGCCCAGGUGCCAGCCCAAGGCAGAGCACCACUGUCCCUGUCCUGUAUCCCCGUGCCACACCUGCCCCUGCACUGCCUCCUCCUGCCCAUCCCCCUGCUGGCCAACCCCCAGCACAGUCCC